CAAUUUCUUUGGGAAUCGUGUUUGAGACAAGUACCUUUUGCUUGCUAAGAGCGAAAGCACAACGAUGGUCCUCUCGGGGCUUACCCGAAGGGCUGCUGUAUCCCUAGGGCAGCUAUGGCCUGGAGCUCAGGAGCUUUCUCGCAGCAUCUCCAGCAGCGCCAGUGCUCUACAGCAGGCAGCUCCUCAGGCACCUCCCAGCGACCAGAUCGAGGUCUUUGUUAAUGACCAGCCUGUAAAGAUUCCAAAGAACUCAACCGUGCUUCAGGCGUGCGAUGCGGCUGGUAUCGACAUUCCACGGUUCUGCUAUCACCAGCGUUUGUCGAUUGCGGGCAACUGUCGGAUGUGCUUGGUGGAGGUGGAGAAGGUCCCCAAGCCGGUAGCCUCGUGCGCCAUGCCUGCGGGGCCGGGCAUGAAGAUCAAGACGGACACACCCAUGGUCAAGAAGGCUCGCGAGGGCGUUAUGGAGUUUCUGCUGAUCAACCACCCGCUUGACUGCCCCAUCUGCGAUCAGGGCGGCGAGUGUGACCUGCAGGACCAGGCAAUGAUUUUUGGCAGCGACCGGAGCCGCUUUGUGGAGACCAAGCGUGCAGUUGAGGACAAGAACCUAGGGCCGCUUGUCAAGACGGUUAUGAAUCGUUGCAUCCAUUGCACGCGCUGCGUACGUUUCGCCAGCGAGGUGGCUGGCACGGCGGAAUUGGGUGUGACGGGGCGCGGCCGCGAUAGCGAGAUUGGUACCUACGUAGAGAAGCUCAUGGUCAGCGAGCUUAGCGGCAAUGUGGUGGACCUGUGUCCGGUGGGGGCUCUCACGUCAAAGCCGUACGCCUUCACGGCACGUAGCUGGGAGCUCAAGGCCACUGAGUCGAUCGAUGUAUCCGACGCGCUGGGUGCCAACAUCCGCGUGGAUAGCCGCGGCACGGAGGUGAUGCGCAUCCUACCCCGCUUGAACGAGGAGAUCAACGAGGAGUGGCUUUCCGAUAAGGGCCGUUACCAGUACGACGGCCUCAAGCGGCAGCGCCUGGACAAGCCCAUGGUUAAGGGCCCUAAGGGCCUGCAGCCCGCCACCUGGGUCGAGGCUCUGGGCGUUGUCGCGGCGGCUCUGAGCAGCACCCCUGCCACGCAUAUCAAGGCGGUGGCUGGCAAGCUGGCGGACGCAGAGUCCAUGGUGGCACUCAUGGACCUGAUGCGGCGGCUAGGUGUGGGCAACUUGGUGCAUGAGGGUGGCUUCGCAGACAUGCCCUCGGACGUGAGGUCCACCUACACCGCCAACACCACCGUGGCGGGCAUUGAGCAGGCCGACAUGAUCCUGCUUGUCGGCACAAACCCGCGCUGGGAGAGCCCUGUCUUCAACGCGCGCAUCCGCAAGACUUUCCUGGAUGGAGCGCAGGUGGGCCUGCUGGGCGCCCCAGUCGACCUAACAUAUAAGUACGAGCACGUCGGCUCCGACCCCGCCGCUCUGGCGGCCCUGGCAGCUGGCCAACACCCCUUCCUUGAGCGCCUGAAGAAGGCAGUCCGCCCCGCCGUCAUCGUGGGUCCAGGCGUGCUGCGUCGCCCCGACCGGGAGGCCGUCAUGAAGGCAGUGCACGACCUGUGCAGCAAGGCCGGUGUUGUAAAGGACAACUGGAACGGCUUCAACGUCAUCCACGACACUGCCUCCCGUGUGGCGGCCCUCGACAUGGGCUUUGCGCCUUCGGUCACCGCGCGCGCCGCCAAGGUACAGCCCAAGGUGGUCUACCUGCUGGGUGCGGACGAUUGGGAGGAGGCGGAAGUGCCGGCGGGCGCGUUCGUGAUCUACCAGGGUCACCAUGGCGACCGCGGUGCCGCCCGUGCCGAUGUGAUUCUUCCGGGCGCCGCCUACACGGAGAAGUCCGGUCUGUACGUGAACUUCGAGGGCCGUGUGCAGCAGACUCGCCCCGCGGUGCCGCUUCUGGGCGAAGCGCGCGAGGACUGGGCCAUCGUGCGUGCGCUGUCCGAGGUGCUGGGCAAACGCCUGCCAUAUGAUGAUGUCGCCGGCGUGCGGGCGCGCCUUGCGGAUGUGGCGCCUCAUUUCGCAAACAUCAACUCGGUGCAGACCCCGGUUUGGCUGAACGGGGAGUACGUCAAAGGGGUUGAGCAGCUGGCCAAGGCGACGCCGGCGCAGGUGAAUGUGCCGCUGGGCAGCACUAUUGAGAACUACUACAUGACGGACGCUAUUAGCCGCGCCUCUCGCACCAUGGCCAAAUGUGUGCUGGCGAGGCAGGAGGCACAGUCCAAGGCUGCUGCAGCUGCCGUGAUGUAAACUGGGUUCGAUUAGUAGCCGGGCUUCUUUCAUAGCGCCGGGCGUUGGUGCAGUGGGGACCGGAAGGGGCGGCUGUGUUGUAGCGAUAACGACGAGAUAUGGGGCGGUGGAGGGGACGCCAUCACAAACAGCUGAGUCUGCCUGCGGCCUGGCGAGAGGGGUUGCUUGCUUACGAUAGGCUAUGGUUGCGGCUCUCGAGCAGUAAUGAGGUCAGGCUGGCCUAUCUGGACAUACAAACAGUGCCCAGAGCGUAGCCUUGUUACAUGAAGACGUAAAUCGAUCGGCGAGUGUUGCUCAUCCCACGGCAGCAACGCGGAGAAAGCAUCUUGCAACGGGCCCGGGGUGCUAUUCAGUCGAUUUCCGGUGCUUGCGUCAUUUAAUACCUCUCAUCGGGCACUGCAGCAGCCUCACGGGGGUCCAGCCAACGUUGCAGCAUGUAAAAGGUCAAGGCUGGGGACGAUGCGUACGGAGACCUUAUCAUAGUCUGGUUCUUGGUCGACCAGGCGUCUACCACCUGCCUUGCUUAGGCCUGACAACAAUGGCCGCGUCCGGCUCGCGCGCCUGCUCUGUCAAGGUUAAAGGCGUUAGGUUGGUGUAUGGCAUGGUCGCUGUUCCGAGGUAUUGUACGUUCGCUAUUUGCUUUUCUGCGGGAAUCCACAGCUGGGGUGGAAGGGAUGCAGAAGGAAACAUUGGGAACCAUGUCCAGGAGCAGGCUGCCGAAGGCGCAGAUAGUUCUUUGCCUUGUUAUGCUGUCUCUGGGCCAAGCGCGUGUAAUUGACGCGUUGUUGCAUGAUAAGUGUGGAUGUCGUUUCGUGGUGAGGGUCUUGGGCAAAGUCGCAAAAUGUUGUUGAUGAUGCUUGGCACAUGAGCGAUCGCGCUAUAGGUUGAUGGCCUAGAAAUGGAGAGAAAAUGACCGGAGGAGAGUUUCGUGGGUUUGGGGGUUGAUAGAGGUGCCCUGCCGAUUUGCAGCUUGGAUGUAGUGGCCCCAUAUCUUUAGUCGACCUCGGAAAGAUAGGUAUGCCGAGAUAAACGUAAGCAGACAGGCAAAAUAUUAUGGCAACUUUUUAACGCAAAAAAAUGUC